ACACCCUACCCCUAUAUAUAUAGGUAUAAAUAAAUCAUUGCACACCAGGAGAGAGAGAAACCAGGGAGAGGGUGCAGUAGGAACGAUCGCACCUUGUCGUUGUCUCCGCCUCUACUCUGCUUUGAGUCGUUCCGAUCCGUUUUGAGUUUUCUCUUUCAAUCUCAAAGAGGGUUUGGUGGAUUACCUAUGGUUAUUUGGUAUCGAUCUGGUGAGGGUUUAGAUCUUUGAAGCGGUUUUGGAGGCGCGAAGAUGUCUUCUCUUAGCAGAGAACUCGUGUUUCUUAUACUUCAGUUUCUCGAUGAAGAAAAAUUUAAAGAAACUGUUCACAAAUUGGAGCAAGAAUCAGGUUUUUUCUUUAACAUGAGGUAUUUUGAGGAAACGGUGACCAAUGGUGAGUGGGAUGACGUUGAGAAGUAUCUGUCAGGAUUCACGAAGGUUGAUGAUAAUAGAUACUCUAUGAAGAUAUUUUUUGAGAUCCGAAAACAAAAGUAUCUGGAAGCCUUAGACAAGCGGGAUCGUGCCAAAGCAGUAGAAAUUUUAGUAAAGGACUUGAAAGUGUUCUCAGCCUUUAAUGAAGAGCUAUUUAAGGAAAUAACCCAGCUUUUGACGCUGGAGAAUUUUAGAGAUAAUGAGCAGCUGUCUAAGUAUGGUGACACUAAGUCGGCGAGGGGUAUAAUGCUUGCUGAACUUAAAAAGUUGAUAGAGGCAAACCCUUUGUUCCGUGAUAAACUUCAAUUUCCCAGCUUGAAGAACUCGAGAUUGCGGACACUGAUUAAUCAGAGUUUAAAUUGGCAGCAUCAGCUUUGCAAAAAUCCGAAAGCUAACCCUGACAUAAAGACCCUAUUUGUAGAUCAUACUUGUGGGCAGCCAAAUGGUGCAAGGGCCCCAUCCCCUGUUACUAAUCCACUGAUGGGUGCAGUUCCUAAGGCAGGGGGAUUCCCACCUCUAAGUGCUCAUGGACCAUUUCAGCCUGCACCAGCUCCUCUUCCAACAUCUCUUGCUGGAUGGAUGGCAAAUCCAUCUCCUGUACCUCAUCCCUCAGCUUCUGCAGGGCCCAUGGGCUUGGCUACUGCCAACAAUGCAGCAGCCAUCCUAAAGCGUCCAAGAACUCCUCCUACCAACAAUCCAGCCAUGGACUAUCAAACUGCAGAUUCUGAACAUGUGCUGAAGAGACCAAGACCUUUUGGAAUAUCAGAUGAACAGGUAAAUAAUCUACCUGUUAAUAUUCUGCCUGUUGCAUAUACUGGCCAGAGCCAUGGGCAGAGUUCGUACUCGUCUGAUGACUUGCCCAAGACUGUUGUUAUGAGCCUACCCCAGGGUUCAACUGUCAGGAGCAUGGAUUUCCAUCCAGUGCAACAAAUUCUACUUCUUGUUGGAACAAACAUGGGUGAUAUCAUGGUGUGGGACUUAGGUAGCCGGGAAAGGCUUGCUAUUAAGAAUUUCAAGGUCUGGGAGCUUGCAUCAUGUUCAAUAGCAUUGCAGUCAUCUUUGGCCAACGAUUAUCCUGCAUCAGUUAAUCGAGUGAUGUGGAGUCCUGAUGGCACUCUUUUUGGUGUCGCAUAUUCCAAACACAUUGUGCAUUUAUACUCCUAUCACAAUGGUGAUGAUCUUCGAAACCACCUAGAGAUUGAGGCUCAUGUUGGUAGUGUUAAUGAUCUUGCUUUCUCUUAUCCAAACAAACUUUGCGUUGUCACUUGUGGCGAGGACAGGUUCAUUAAGGUGUGGGAUGCAAACACUGGUUCUAAGCAGUAUACUUUUGAGGGUCAUGAGGCACCUGUAUAUUCUGUAUGUCCACAUCACAAGGAAAAUAUUCAGUUUAUAUUCUCAACAGCAACUGAUGGGAAAAUAAAGGCAUGGUUGUAUGAUAACAUGGGCUCUAGAGUUGAUUAUGAUGCACCGGGUCAUUCAUCUACAACAAUGGCAUACAGUGCUGAUGGGACAAGGUUGUUCUCAUGUGGAACUAAUAAAGAAGGAGAUUCAUACAUUGUGGAAUGGAAUGAAAGUGAAGGAGCUGUCAAGCGUACAUAUCAUGGUCUUGGAAAGCGAUCUGUGGGGGUUGUGCAAUUCGAUACCACAAAAAAUCGAUUUUUGGCUGCUGGUGAUGAGUUCCUGGUCAAAUUUUGGGACAUGGACAAUGUUAACCUUUUGAUGACAACUGAUGCAGAGGGUGGAUUGCCGGCGUCUCCUUGUAUUCGAUUUAACAAGGAAGGGAUACUGUUAGCUGUCUCAACUAAUGAGAAUGGUAUUAAAAUACUAGCAAAUCAGGAGGGAAUUAGGCUGCUCCGGACAAUGGAAAAUCGUUCAUUUGAUGCUUCUAGAGUUGCUUCUGCAGCUGUAGUGAAGGCCCCUGCAAUAGGCACAUUUCCUCCUGCUAAUCCUGCUGUUGGUACUAGCAUUGGAGAUCGAGCUGCUCCAGUGGCAGCCAUGGUUGGAAUGAACAGUGAUAAUCGAAGUUUGGUGGAUGUAAAACCCAGAAUUGCCGAUGAGUCAGGAGAAAAAUCUAGGAUCUGGAAACUUACAGAAAUCAAUGAACAAUCACAAUGUCGCUCCUUGAGGCUUCCUGAUAACUUAACGGCUAUGAGGGUUUCUAGGUUAAUGUAUACAAAUUCAGGACUUGCUAUAUUGGCUUUAGCGUCUAAUGCUGUACACAAGCUCUGGAAAUGGCAGAGAAAUGAUCGAAAUAUAACAACGAAGGCAACUGCUAGUGUUGCUCCACAACUAUGGCAGCCUUCAAGCGGGAUAUUAAUGACAAAUGAGAUAAGCGAUACAAACCCUGAAGAUGCUGUUCCAUGCUUUGCACUUUCAAAGAAUGAUUCCUAUGUUAUGUCAGCUUCAGGUGGGAAAGUCUCCCUAUUCAACAUGAUGACCUUCAAGACCAUGACAACAUUUAUGCCCCCACCACCAGCAGCAACAUUUUUGGCAUUCCAUCCUCAAGACAAUAAUAUCAUUGCCAUAGGCAUGGAGGACUCUUCUAUCCAAAUAUAUAAUGUUCGGGUUGACGAGGUCAAAACCAAGCUCAAAGGUCAUCAGAAAAGAGUAACAGGCCUUGCCUUCUCUCCUGUUCUAAAUGUGCUUGUAUCUUCUGGAGCUGACUCUCAGCUCUGUGUUUGGAACACGGAUGGAUGGGAGAAACAGGCAAGUAAAUUCUUGCAGAUUUCACCUGGGCAAGCAGCAGCUCCUCUUGCAGAUACUAGGGUUCAAUUUCAUCACGAUCAGAUACAUUUACUGGCAGUUCAUGAAACGCAGAUAGCCAUAUUUGAGGCAUCCAAACUUGAGUGCCUUAGGCAGUGGGUUCCCCGGGAAGCAAGUGGCUCAAUUACACAUGCUACUUAUUCGUGUGAUAGCCAGUCAAUUUUUGUGAGCUUUGAAGAUGGCAGUGUGGGUGUUCUAACUGCUUCAACGCUUAGAUCCAGAUGUCGAAUCAAUCCUACUGCUUAUUUACCUCCUAAUCCAAGCUUGAGAGUGUACCCUCUCGUCGUUGCGGCACAUCCAUCUGAACCUAAUCAGUUUGCAUUAGGACUCACAGAUGGUGGGGUGUGCGUACUUGAACCACUAGAAUCAGAAGGGAAAUGGGGCACCUCUCCUCCCCUUGAAAAUGGUGCUGGUCCUAGUUCGACCUCUGGUGCAGCCGGUUCAGAUCAACCCCAAAGGUGACAACUCUCUGCGUGUGCACCUCUUUCACCACGGACGUUCGUUUUGAUCUACUGCCCCGGGUCCCUCGACACCUUCAUUUUGAAGGGGAAACUGCGGAAUUUAGGUAAAUUACAGGCUUAGGAGGAUAUAUACUUGAACUCAAAUCUGGUAGAGUUGUUCAUCACAUGAGUGGCAUCAUAAUCAAUUUGUGACCAAUACAUGGUGCUAAUUGAUUCCCACAUUUAGGAUGACUGGAGAAGCAUGAAUUGAUGGUGUAAAUUUAGAGGAGGUAUUUGGGAAGCUGGAGGCCACUUUUAAAACAAAAGGCGAGCAAACAAUAAUUAGCUUGUGAUUCAGACCACAGACCCUUUCUCUUUCUUGCUACUAAAGUCACUGAAGAAGGAUAUUUGUUAAUUGUAUCUUUUUCUUUUUCUUUUUCUUUUUAAAUUUCACAGCAAUGAUCAUAGACAUCUCAGGUUGCCUUCUUUUUUUC